AUGACUAAUUACUUCUGGCCCCACUCUCCUGUAACUGAGACACAACUUGAUUAUAUAAUGCAAAUCCACUACUUGAUCAAAUUUGCCAAUGAAGGAGUGUUUUCUGUCAAUGUCACAAACCUUUAUGACCAGGAUCUGGUGGAAACACACCACACUUUCAUUCCCAUCAUAUAUCUUCCUCAUUUCUGUUGCUUGUUUUGGAGGCAGUACCUCCUCAUAAAACUCUACAGCCACUUCUUAGAAGAAAAGAAGACCCCACUGAUCCUUUCCUAUAUCCCCAAGGCCAUUGGCCACCUGGACAAUCACCUGCAUUUGUGGCAUUCACAACCCUUCAAAGAGUAUCUUGUAGUGGAGUAUCUCAUCAGCCAUCAUGGUUGGGAUAUAAUGGAGGAUUUCCAGUGGCAGUGUGAUAGUGAUAUUGAGCUGAUAUGGCUUGACAAUUAUGAGUUUGACUGGGAAAAAUAUGAGUGGCAUUUGCCCAUGGUACUGUGUGGUUCCUCAUAUCAGUAUGACACUGGUAAUAUCCCUCUGAAUUGUUCUCAAAUAUCUGGGAUGCAGUACUGCAAUGUAGAAAGGGCCACAACAUUGAAUGGAGAUGAAAACCCUAUCCAAAAUGAAUUGACAGUCAUGCAUUCCAGCAAGUUUUCUGAGGAAAACAUAGAGAUGGACCCCCCUCCACCCAAUCAACUGGCAUUGCUGAGGAAGCAACUGAUGGAGGAAGUGGAUGAUGGUCCCCAACCAGGCAAGAGGCAGUCCACCACACCUAGAACUUCUGCCACUGAACCAUGUGCCCAGAUGCAGCCAAGGGGUUUUAUUCCAUCUUUACCCAGUCCACACCAGGGACCAAAUAUCUAG